AUGAGGCCGCAAAAUGGAGACGAUGGAUUUGAUGAGCCAGAGGUUCAUCGCAAAAUCUUUAUCGGCGGCCUUAAUUACCGUACAACAGACGAGUCCCUCAAGACCCAUUUCGAGAAAUGGGGCGAAAUCGUCGACGUGGUGGUUAUGAAGGAUCCCAAAACGAAGCGGUCGCGUGGGUUCGGCUUCAUCACGUAUUCAAAAGCGCAUAUGGUGGAUGACGCACAGAACAAUAGGCCGCAUCGUAUCGAUGGACGAUUUGUUGAAACAAAGAGAGCAGUUGCCAGACAAGAUAUUAAAAACCCUGAGGCUGGUGCCACAGUCAAGAAGUUAUUUAUUGGAGGCAUUAAAGAUGAUCAUGAGGAAGAGCAGUUGAGAGAAUAUUUCUCCAACUAUGGUGAAGUAAAGAAUGUUAGCAUUGUCACGGACAAGGCUACAGGCAAAAAAAGAGGAUUUGGAUUUGUUGAAUUUGAUGACUAUGACCCUGUAGACAAAAUCUGUUUAAAUGCACCACACAAGGUUAAUGGGAAACAAUUAGAUGUUAAGAAAGCAUUACCUAAAGAUGGUUCCGAUCAAAGGGGGGGACGUCAAGGUGGUGGUCCUGGCAGGAAUGACAAUUGGGGUAAUGGAGGAGGUGGAUAUGGUAACAACCAAGGUGGUUGGAAUAAUUCAAACCCAUGGGACAACAACCAAGGCGGUUGGGGUGCUGGUAAUCAAGGUGGUGGCUAUGGAGGGGGUGGUAACCAAAGAGGAGGUUGGGGUAACCAAGAUUUUGGUGACUAUGGUAACCAGAGUUACAGCGGGGGACCAACAAGAAAUCAACAGUAUGGGGGAAAUAACAGGGCUGCUCCCUACAAUAUGAAUCAAGGAGGCGGCGGUGGCGGAGGCGGCGGUUACGGCGGUGGCAACUAUGGAGGUGGCCAGGGCCGUGGUGGACGAUUCUAA